CAACCGCUUGUUCCUAGCAACCGGGAGGCGGUCCGGCGGCGGUGCGCACGGAGCUGCCGGGGAGCCGGGGCGCCUGCCAUGAAUCCGCCAGGGUCGCUGGGGGUCCUGGAGCCGAAUGUGGACGAGCAGUCAUCCACCCCGAUUCUCGGGCCCUCGAUACACUCCGAUAACCCUCAGGAGCGGAUCCAGGCCCGGCGCCUGCGCAUCGCGGCGCGCCUGGAAGCCCGGAGGCGGGAAGCACUUGGAGAAUAUUUAGAUGGGAAGAAGGAGAGUGAGGAAGAUCAAAGCAAGAGCUACAAACAGAAAGAAGAAAGCAGAUUGAAAUUGGCUAAACUUCUGCUCUGUGGUACUGAGUUGGUGACAAAUAUCCAGGUUGCUACAGAUAUCAGAGAGACCCACAGGAGAGCGGAGGAGGAGGAGAUAAAGCGUCAGAGAGUCGAGAAGCUGGAAAACGAAGUUAAGACCAGCCAGGACAAAUUCGACGAAAUCACCUCAAAGUGGGAAGAGGGCAAACAGAAGAGGAUUCCCCAGGAGCUGUGGGAGAUGCUCAACACGCAGCAGCUGCACUGUGCCGGUCUGAUCGAGGAUAAGAACAAGCUUAUCAGCGAGCUGCAGCAGGAAUUAAAAUCAAAGGAUGAUCAGUAUGUGAAGGAUUUGAAGAAACAGUCAGAUGACAUCUGCCUGCUUCUUGAGAGGAUGGAAGAACAAGUGAAGCAUGUAAUGAAAAACUUUCGCCAGGAGCUCCAACUCAUUGAGAAAGCAUUUGAGGUGGAACGACAAGAGCUACUGACCAGUAAUAAGAAGAAAUGGGAGCGGGCGCUGCAGGCUCACAAUUCCAAAGAGCUGGAGUAUCUCAUGAACCGCAUUAAGAAAGUAGAAGACUACGAGAAGGAGCUGAACAAGCAGAGGAUCUGGGAUUGUGAAGAGUAUAACAUGAUCAAGAUCAAGCUGGAGCAGGAUGUGCAGAUUCUUGAGCAACAGCUUCAGGCGAUGAAGGCAACUUAUCAGCUAAACCAAGAGAAGUUAGAGUACAACUUCCAAGUGCUGAAGAAGAGAGAUGAAGAAAGCACAGUGAUUAAAUCCCAGCAGAAGAGGAAGAUCAAUCGCCUGCAUGAUAUACUUAACAAUCUGAGAGUAAAAUAUGCCAAGCAGAUAAAGCAAUUUCAGGAGGAGAACCAGUCUCUAACCUUGGACUACAAACGUCUUGUGAUGCAAUUCAAGGAACUACAGAAAGCCAUGAGGCAUUUUGCUCUUAUUGAUGGCGAGAAGUUUCGGGAUGUUUGGCUGAUGAAUGAAGACGAGGCGAAGGAUCUAAUAGACAGAGUCUUUGCUGCAGACAGGAUCAUCCAUGCCCAGCACCUGGGGCUCCCCUGGACAGCACCUGAUUUCUGGUUCCUGAAGAAUGUGGGGCCUAUCUCCCAGCAGCAGCAGAAGAGUGCUACGCAAAUAGUGGAGGAAGUGCUGAUGCAAACAGAAGAGGAGGUGGAAGAGACCGCCUCAGAACCAGAGUCCUACCUGGACCUGCCAAAGCAAGUUUCUGCAAGAACCACCAAAAAGAUCCUGAUGCUCCUGUGUGAUGAGUCGGGCUUCCUCAUAGAGAGCAAGCUGCUGAGCCUCCUCCUUCCCCUGGAGAAGAGCGAGCGCUAUCUGCUGAAGCUGGAUGCCAUCUUCUCAGCCCUUGGAAUUGAAAGUGAGGAUGACUUGUACAAACUGGUGAACUUCUUCCUUAAAUACCGAGCUCAUCGCAUACUGUCUGUCCAGGUCAAGCCCCUCCAACAGGCAAGUGUGGAGCAGACAAGCGUGGCGUCGGACCUGGAGCUGGAGGAGCAGCUGGAGAUGGAGGAGGAGCAGGAGGAAAGCCUGGAGGAGGAGGAAGAGCAGGAGGAAGGCCUGGAAGAGGAGGGAGAGCAGGAGGAAGACCUGGAGGAGGAGGAGCAAAAGGAGGAGGAGGAAGAGCAGGAGGAAGACCUGGUGGAAGAAGGCGUGCAGGAGGAAAGCCAGGUGGAGGAGGGGGAGCAGCAGGAAGAGAAGAAGACCCUGCCCUCCCCCUGGCUCAUCCACCCCAACGAUGUCCUCAAGAUCCUGGAGGCCUUUGUCAUGAGUCUGAAGAAGCCCAGGGACCCUCGGCCACCAGUGAGAGUGCCGAAGGCCACGCGCAAUGACUCCAGGGACUCUGAGUACUGGCAUGCCCUGACCACGGUUAUUUCUCCCACCAAGCAGAACCUCUGGGAUGCUCUCUACUCAGCCCUGCAGAAAUACCACCUUGUGCUGACGCAGAGGGCCAAGCUGCUGAUGGAAAACGAGGCUCUGGAGCAGCAGAACACGGAACUGCAGAUGCUGCUGCAGCAGUAUCUGGACUCCAAGAUAAACUCUCAGCUGCGAGUUCCCCCGACUCAGGUGUUGCGGAUGCCCACAAAAUAGAGCUGGGCCUCAAAAGGCUGACGUGUUAGGGCUGCUGCUGGUGUUGGUGCUGGGGCUGGCACUUGUCGCCCAGGGAACUGCACCUGGGCCCGCUCUCUGGAUUUUCUGGAGUUUUCUUUAUAGCCUGUCAAAAUAAGGCAGCAAGAGGAGUUACCUGCAUCCUGCCCUUACGAUUAAAGUGUUUUAUUAAUAAAAGUUGUGGCUGAA